UGCGUAUCUGAUAGUAUGAGGUUUGUUGAAUGGUCAUAUCCUUCGAGCACACCGACAAAGAACCGCCCGUCAGACGUCAGAACAGCAACCUUUUCUGUUCAUGUUUAAAUAGGCGUUUAAGCUCGACAUUCGCCCCCUUGUGUGGUUUUACUUGAAUGUGUUGAUGUUGAUGUUGAUGUUUUGUUGUGAAAAUUUCACACACGUUCUUUUCUCCCUAACGAGCCAGGCACGCGGUACACACAGAUGCCAGAGUUCAGGUUCAGAACAGCACAGAGACCCGAUAUUCACCCGUUGGAGCUCGUAGUGCAAAGCGUUGUUGGUGAUUCGCUCGAGGUUCUUUCCACCCAUUUGCAGACGGUGCACGAAUCACAGGUUGUGCUAAUAGCGAGGAUCAAGGCCAUCGACGAGAAGGUGAAGCGAUGGCAGUCACAGGCUGAAAUCGAUACAGACGUCAAGGCCAUGGAGGAGAGGCUAUCGCUAGUGAAGAAGAGGCUCAUGGUGUUACUGGACAGGCUGGACGUGAUCGAGGCCAGGGUUAAGAGACAGAUGGUGACAUGAACAGUCAAUAUUGUAUACUAUACUAU